AUGGGUCUAAAAGCCUUCCUAAAGAAAGAGCCCCAAGCGCCUUCCAACGGCGAUGUUGCUUCUCACACGACCGCGUCGGAUAAAGACGAUAUGGAGGCAUACGGACACAACACCGACAUAACGACCGGAUGGACAGGCGACGGUUUUGCCGGAGCGACCGAGUAUCCUAAUGCUCCGGGAGAGAACUACCGUACACUGGGCCGAUGGCGAGCGUGUGUGAUCCUGAUCACCAUCGAAGUCGGAAUCGGAAUCCUCAGCUUGCCCUCCGCUUUAAAGACGCUCGGUCUGAUCCCCGGAAUUAUCGCGAUCCUUGGAUUCGGUGGUCUGACGACCUAUUGCGGUUACAUCCUUCUUCAGUUCUACAGGAAAUAUCCCAUGGUCACGAAUCUGGUAGACUGCGCGUUGUACGUUGGAGGCAAGCCAUUCGAGUGCUUCCUUGGAAUAGCUUUCGUUUUCAACCUCGUUCUUAUCUGCGCUUCGGCAAACAUUACUUUGUCGGUCGCACUCAACACGCUUUCGCGGCAUGCCCUCUGCACGGUGGCUUUCUUAGCUUUCCCUCAUAUUCUCUGUUGGCUGCUCUGCAUCCCACGAAAGCUCUCUUUUGCAGCCGCAGCUAGCUGGGUCUGCACGAUUUCCAUCGUAGCUGCAGUUCUGAUCGUCAUGAUCGCGCUUGGUGUCGGUGGACCACAAGCUCCGCCAGGUUUCGAGGCCAAGAUAGUUCUGGUCGGAAAGCCUAGCUUUGUCGAGGCUGUCAAUGCUCUGCUCAAUGUUGCCUUUGCUUUCGCGGGGAACCAAAGCUUCAUAAGCGUUAUGGCCGAGAUGCGAGACCCAUCCAAGGACUUCGCCCCGGCUCUUUUCAUGCAGAAGUCCUUCGAGGUCGUAAUUUACAUUGUGGUCGCCUGUGUCAUCUACGGCCUCGCAGGCGAUGCAGUUACAUCUCCUGCGCUCGGUUCUGCGCCAGAGUUGACAGCUAAGAUUGCCUACGGCAUUCUUAUCCCUUCCGUGCUGGGAACUGGCCUGAUCAUCGGUAUUACUGCCAUCAAGUUUAUGUACAUCACUCUCAUGCGUAACAUGAAACCCGAGGCUGUUAACGUACACAACGCCUUCACCUGGUCCCUUUGGAUCGGCCUCGGUGCCCUCUUCUGGAUCGUCUCCUUCGUCAUCUCCAACGCGAUACCCAUAUUCUCGUCCAUCCUCAACAUUUCGUCCGCCAUCUUCAUCUCGUGGUUCACCUUUGGGCUCACGAGCAUUUUCUGGCUACAUCUGAAUUGGAAGACACAAUGGAGUUCACCACGGAAGAAGGCGGUAGCCGCUGUCAACUACGGCAUCAUGAUGGUGACGUUGUUCCUCAUGAUAGGAGGACUGUACACAUCAUUGAAGGCGCUUAUUGACAUCUAUAAUGAUCCCAACAGCACAUUGAACGGACCGUUCACUUGCGCGGAUAAUAGUAUAUUCUAG